ACAAACAAAUAAAUAAAAAGCGUACGGUAUUUUAAAUACGGCAGCAAAGCAGUCGUCUCCACCGCCAUUUCUCUCUCUCUCUCUCUCUCUGUCGCUGUACUUUUUGCCGGUUCUCCGUCGCCUGAGCCACGAUCCAAGCCCUAAAUUCACCAAAGCACCGCCUCGAUCGUGAUCUCGAUCGCCGGCCGAUGGACUCGAAGCCAGCUCUGUGUGCGGCGCUGCUGCUGCUACUGCUCUGGGCUUCGCCAGCCGGCGCCGGGGACAUCGUCCACCAGGACGAUAAAGCCCCGAAGCGCCCUGGCUGCGACAACAAGUUCGUUCUGGUGAAAGUCCCAACUUAUGUUGAUGGUAAAGAAGUGGCCGAAUUUGUAGGUGUAGGUGCUCGCUUUGGCGUCACCCUAGAAUCAAAGGAGAAGGAUGCCAAUCAAACUAAAAUUGCUCUUGCGGAUCCACCUGAUUGUUGUAGUAAACUGAAAAACAAGCUUACUGGUGAGGUCAUCAUUGUGUAUCGGGGUCAAUGUAGUUUCACAGUGAAGGCUAAUGCUGCAGAAGAUGCUGGUGCUUCAGGCAUCCUUAUUAUAAACAACCGUACAGAACUAUUUAAGAUGGUCUGUGAAGAAACUGAAACUGAUGUAACAAUAGGCAUACCUGCUGUCAUGCUGCCACAAGAUGCUGGUAGAAGCUUGGAAGACAUUAUGAAGAACAACUCUCAUGUUAAAGUGCAGCUGUACUCCCCAAAGCGGCCAGAGGUUGAUGUAGCUGAAGUAUUUUUGUGGCUUAUGGCUGUUGGCACAAUCUUGUGUUCUUCCUAUUGGUCUGCAUGGAGUGCCCGGGAAGCAGCUAUUGAACAGGACAAGCUCUUAAAGGAUGGUUCCGAUGAGUUUUUGAGCAUGGAGGCCCCUGGUUCAAGCAGUGUGGUAGACAUCAGCACAACAUCAGCGAUUCUCUUUGUUGUGAUUGCUUCAUGUUUCUUGAUCAUGCUUUACAAGCUGAUGUCACUCUGGUUUAUUGAGGUUCUGGUGGUUCUGUUUGCCAUUGGUGGGGCAGAGGGUCUGCAAACUUGUUUGGUGGCUUUGUUAUCAAGUUUCAGAUGGUUUGAGCAUUCUUCAGAAUCAUUUGUCAAAGUACCUUUCCUUGGAGCUGUAUCACAUCUGACACUAGCUGUCUCUCCAUUCUGCAUAGUAUUUGCUGUUGUUUGGGCUGUUUUUCGCCGCGUCUCCUUUGCUUGGAUAGGACAAGAUAUCCUUGGUAUUGCUUUGAUAAUCACAGUUCUCCAGAUUAUACGGGUUCCUAAUCUGAAGGUUGGAACAAUUCUUCUCAGUUGUGCUUUCUUUUAUGAUAUCUUUUGGGUGUUUGUUUCUAAAUGGUGGUUCCACGAGAGUGUGAUGAUUGUGGUUGCUCGUGGUGACAAUAGCGGAGAAGAUGGCAUACCAAUGCUGCUAAAGAUUCCUCGAAUGUUUGAUCCCUGGGGUGGCUACAGUAUCAUAGGAUUUGGUGACAUUAUCUUACCAGGAUUGCUAGUAGCAUUUUCACUAAGGUAUGAUUGGCUGUCAAAGAAGAAUCUGCAAGGUGGAUACUUCUUAUGGGCAAUGAUCGCUUAUGGAUUAGGUCUCCUCAUAACGUAUGUGGCACUCAACUUGAUGGACGGACAUGGCCAACCAGCUCUGCUUUACAUUGUUCCUUUCACUCUAGGAACAUUCUUGACAUUGGGGAAAAAGAGAGGCGAGCUCAAGAUUCUUUGGACGAGAGGAGAACCAGAAAGACCUUGUCCGCACGUUCAUCCACAACCAACGCCCCAAUAAAAGUUUUAGAGAAUGGUAGCUGCUGCUUUAAUUAAUAUACAGCAGAUAACCAACCUGUAGCCAAUUCUGAAACCAUACGGUUAUAGCUAAUCUAGGUUUGCUGUAUACUUCUCUUAAAUCUGUUAUAUUAGGACACAAAACAAUGUGUAUACCCUUCAUUUUAUCUGCAAUAUAGGGCUGCCGGACAAAAGUUAGGAAUUAA